UUUGUGGCUUUGUAUAUGAAGAAAUUAAAUGAGGUUUUGAAGAAAAAGGGAAAGGCUUAUUUAGGAGUUAUUGUUGUAAGAGUUUUUGCUUCUGGUUUGAUUGUAAUAGCAAAGGUUGCACUCAACCAUGGAAUGAGUCCACAAGUUUAUUCACUCUAUCGUUAUUUUGUUGCUUCCAUUGUUGUUGCUCCAUUUUCCUUCCUAUCUUAUAGGAAAAGACAAAGACCACACAUGAGUUGGUGCACCUUUGCAAAGAUUUUAUUGCUCGGCUCCGUGGAGUCAGUGGUUAUCACCAACACAUAUUUCACAGGCUUGAAAUAUGUUACUCCAACUUUUUCCAUUGCUAUGUCCAAUGCUGUUCCUGCCCUUUCCUUUUUCUUUGCUUCCCUUUUUAGGAUGGAGAAGAUUGAUGUAAUAAGGUUUUCAAGUCAAGCAAAGAUAUUAGGAACAGCAGUAUCAGUAGGAGGAGCAAUGAUAAUGACGUUUGUAGAAGGACCAAAGUUAAGAUUUCCUUGGACAAAUGGACAUAAUAAUCUCCAUAGUUACCCUUCAACUUCAUCAAUCAAUGUUAAUAAUGAAGAUUCUUUCAAGGGGAUCAUUUUGGUCACAAUUUCUUGUCUGUGUGCUUCUGUUUCCUGCAUUCUCCAGGCAAUAGUAUUGAAAUCAUAUCCAAUGGGGUUGAUUGUAACAUUUAUGGUAUGCAUAGUGGGAGUUGUGGAAGGGGCUGUGGUAGCAUUAACAAUGGAAUGGAACAACCCAUCUGUCUGGUCUAUUCAUUUUGAUUUUCAACUCUUGGCUAUCCUUUAUGCUGGAAUAAUAAUCUCAGGGUUUUCGUACUACAUUCAAGGAGUUGUAAUGGAAGAAAAAGGACCUGUGUUUUUGACUGCAUUUUUCCCUCUAACUACCGUUAUGGUUGCAAUCAUAAGCUCUUUUGCUAUCUCUGAGAUUUUGUCUUUGGGAAAGGUUGUGGGAGCCAUGGUCAUAAUUGCAGGCCUUUAUUUAUUUUUAUGGGGCAAAACCAAAGAUCAAGUCAUUGAUAAUGCAGUUAGACCAAUGGAUGAUGCGGCAACCACAACAGAAGAUUCUUAAUUUUGAAUAAAUGGUUUUCUGUUCGAUAACGAUCAUGUUCCAAAUUUUUGUUAAAGAAUAUAAGUACCUCAAAAGUUAAUUUCCAAUUAUUGUCGUGCAUGAUACAUUGUAAUAAUCAAUAUGUAAAAGUUGGUCAUCAUGUCAUAAGAAUGAAACCGAGAGUCAGAAACUUUUAAAGAAGAUCAGAAGCAAGUUGGAGAUGGCCAAUCGACACCAUUCUUCGCAAUAUGUCAUCAAAGAGAAGAACGAUAUGGGGACCGUUGUAGAAAAAACAAAGUGAUAGAUUUUCUUCCAACAACAUGUAGAGUAAGUGAGAGAAUAUAAUUCAAAAAUUUUUAACUCUUUGAACUA